AUAACACAGCUGAUGAAACACAGACAACAGAUAAGAGAGAUGGCUUGGCAGUAGUGACUCUGGUUGGAAUCAUAGUUGGAGUCCUACUAGCCAUCGGCUUUGUUGGAGUGAUCAUCAUUGUGGUUAUGAGGAAAAUUUCUGGAAGGUUCUCGCCCUGAAGAGCUGAACAGAUCAAGCUGUUCUCCCAACAUACCUGAAAAUAAGAGUGCUUCCAACAUCCCCUGCUUCCCAUCCUCUGCUUAUGGAGGAAGAUGACCCAUGGAACGCCCCCCUCACCCACAGCCAUGGCGACUCCUCCACUUGCCAGAGGUGCCAAAGGACAGACACAUGACAAGCCAUGGCCCCUCAAAGCAUAUGCCUUUGGAAAACAGACAUUUUUAAUAUAUGUUUUGUAAUAAAUGAUUCAAAAGACACCAUGCAUAGAAAAUGGAACAAAACCAUGUUAAACUGACUUGUAACCAAGACAGCAUCACCAGUUGGCUUUAGUGACUGUAACCAUGGCUUCAUCCUGGCCAUUCUCUACUACUGUUAAGAGGCAAAGGAGUCUGGAAAUGUUUAUUGAAUCUGUGGAGUAGUUGGCUCCGGUGUUACGUCAAAGAGACUCGGGCUUUUUUACAGUUGCUGACCUGUUGAUAUGUACACAUUUCGGGUAGUGGGGUCUGUGUUUAAAUGUGUUUGAGUCAUAGAGUUGAAAAUGUAAACUUAAAGUCAGGCAUGAUGAGCUGCCCCUUAUGGGAGUCUAGUUGGAACAUUUCAGAAGCAUCCAUUGUGGCUUCAGUUCCAGGAAGAUACUUCACUGUUUACAAUUCUCUAAACCAUCUCUAAGCCAUGAUGCCUUCAUGGCCCAGAGGUCUGUCCCCUCCGCUUCCCUUGGGUGAUGGAAACCCCAGGUUAAGGAGUCACAUCCUCACCUCCCUAGACUCAAACGUUGGAUGAGCUGCUUCUUUCUGGACUGUGGAGAUCUUAUUCCAGAUGUUGAAAAGGCUGUUGGAUGUCACAGGUUGCCAGAGGCUCAGCAACUGUAGCCCCAAGAACAGACUUGGUCCUUAAGCAGAAGAGACCCCUGUGUAGGGGUCUGGUGUAGGGAAUAAACCAACCAGUUUCUAGCAUCUGCCUUCUGCCUCUGAGGAAAAACAGGGAAAGCAAAAAUAAUCUCUUGUAAUCUUAGUUGCUUUUAUGCGGCUGGAUGCCAAGGUCUGAUUUUAAAAUAAAAGAUGCUUCCAAUAUUCAUGACAUACCCCA